AUGGCCGUCCGCACACAAACGCAACCGCGAUUCGGUCGAAUCUCCGACUGGGGCGUGCAGACUGACGCACCAAGAACAACGAAAGUACCAACAUUCUGGGACGAGCUAAGCGCGGACGAGAAGAAGGCAUCGGUCGACCAGCAACGCUCCUGGGCAUUCAACAGCCAAUAUGCCUGGAGUCCCGCGAGCAAAGUGUGCGAGAUGUGGAACACGCUCAUCUAUCCCAACAUCAUCAAGCCACUUCUGAAAGACAACGGCAAAGUGAUCUACCACAAGAUCAAAAAACAGAGUCCCUACUCCGUCACCUGUUGGAUGAUUGGCCGAGAAUGGCACUCGAGUCAUCCCGCUGCGAUUAUCAUCUGUGCGAAUGCGAAAGUCACGAAACAGGCUGUUAAGCUUGUUGAGAAGCAUGGUGAGCUGUUCAACUGGGGGUUUCGGGUUUAUGGCUUUGAGAGCAAGAUUGCCUUGAACAUGGGUGCCCCUAAUGCUUCUUUGGAGGAGGAAUUGAAAGAUACAAUGAAUAUUUGUGGGCAAUUGUUCCAAGUUGGAAGUGCCGAGGGUAAAUAUUUCUCGAGAACGGCCACCAUGGGAGGCACAGUUAUCGUUCAAGGGGAAAUGUACGGUCUCACAGUGGUCCACCCAUUCCUCAAAUCCUCCGGCGAUGGGGAUUCUUCACAGGAUGAGGAGUCCGACUACGGGGACGAUGACAGUGUGGGAAGCGAUUCUGCAAGCAAUUAUUCAGAUGCAGGAAAUCCUGAGAUGACGAUCGAAACAGACACGGCUUAUUUUCACUCCGGGCCCCGGGGUUUUAACGAGCUGGGAUCCAUUCCCCAAGAGCGGUCCUUCUAUUCCCUGGAGUCUGACUGGGCUCUUGUUCGCCUGACCAACCUCGACAAAAACAAGCUUCUCCCCAACUCCGUUAUUUUGAAGGAUACUGUUGCUUUCCCUAGUAAAGUUUCAUCUGAUCCUUCGGCCAAGCCUCUAUGGGCAGCUGUUGGCACUGGACCACUAGUUGAAACGACUGCCUUUGACACAAAAUGCGGGUUGUAUGUGCCACCAUUUGGGUUUCAAGAUGUCUGGGCCUUGAGGAUGGUGCCAGGUGAGUGUGUUGACUGA